AUGGGUUACAUUCUAAGCAGUUCUAGCUGGGUGUCUGUUCUCGCCGCGGGAAUCAUCGGGCUUUUGAGUCUUAUUGUAUGGCGCCGUCAUUUUGCUGCUAUUAGUGAUAUCCCAGGACCGUUUGCGGCGUCGUUUACUCGUUUAUGGCAUAUGAACCGCAUUUUGAAGGGUGACCAAAACCUGGAGUUGAUUCGUCUGCAUGAGAAACACGGCCAUUUUGUCCGUGUGUCCUACGAUGAAAUUAGUGUCAGCCACCCCGACGCCAUCAGGAAGAUCCUACUGUCUCCUCUGCACAAGGGCAACUGGUACAAGAUUCACGCCUUGCCAGACUACCGCUUCCAGUCUCCUAUGAGCACUACAGACCCCAAGAAGAAGGUUGAAAAGUCGAAGUACAUUGCUGGCGCAUAUACUGUCUCUAACGUUGUCCGAUCUGAAGAACAUAUUGAUAGGACAUUUGAGCAGUUUUUGGAAUGGAUGAACCAGUAUGCCAAUGACAAGAAGCCCAUGCAUCUCGAUAGGUUCAUCUCUUACGCCACUUUCGAUGUCAUCGGAGAGAUUGUCUUCUCCAAACAAUUUGGCUUCCUUGAACAGGGCGUAGAUAUUGGCGAUGCCCUCAGAAACUCAUUGGCUCUCAAUGCAUACGUCGCAGUUGCCGGAUACUUCAGAUGGAUAAACAUUGCUCUUCUAGCUAACCCCUUGGUCACAUGGAUGGCCAUCAUGCCUAUGGGUCACCUCUUUAACACUACAGCGUCCGUGUUAGCAAAUCGAGAAAAGAACCACGAUGUUCGCUACGAUGCUGUGUCAUAUUGGUUCAACCAGCAUAGCCAGCACCCCAACAAGCUUACAGUCAGAGAAAUCAAUACACAGGCACUUGCUGCUGUUGGUGCUGGCUCUGAUACCGUUGCGGCUGGUAUCCAGUCAUUUAUAUAUCACAUGAUACGCCAUCCCACUGCAUGGGCUCGCGCCCAGGCCGAGGUCCAGGACGCUGUUAAAAAGGGUUUAUGUAAAGACAAUAUCGUCUCUUACGCCGAUGCUCAAGAACUCCCCUAUGUACAAGCUUGUGUCAAAGAAGCGCUCCGCAUGUUCGGGCCAGUACCAAUGGGACUUCCAAGAAUAGCUCCCAAGGGCGGUUUGACAUUUGGUGAUCGUACUAUCCCCGGGGGUACAAUUGUGUCUGUGAGCCCUUGGGUUAUCCAUCACUCGAAGGAGUUCUGGGGCGAAGAUGCUCAUGAGUUCAACCCUGAUCGGUGGUUGAAGGGUGAUGUAGCGACGAAAGAGAAGUUCUGGAUUCCCUUUGGGGCCGGAUACGGCUCUUGUCCUGGACAGAACGUCGCCAAGGUUGAGCUUGCCAAGAUCACGGCUACUUUGGUCCGAGAUUACAACAUCCAACAAGUUGAUCCAAAGCAGGAGUGGAGUUGGAAGGCUUAUUUUACUGUGGUUCCUCAUUCUUGGCCUGUACUGAUUGAGAAGACAAGAUGA